GUGAUGUAGACGUGUUUCAGUGUGUUGUAGUUCCGCUCCCCCCCCGCAGGUCAGGAGAAUGAAGAGUCCCAAUGCAGCAGGGCUUCAAUAAGACUGUGUGUUGCUGCCCAAAGCCGAGGCUCUCAAGUCUUUUAUGGGGAAACAUCAGCAUCCUGGGCUUUAUCUGCAUCUUUUCCAGCACUGAAGGCAUCGCUCCGACGCCGACUGAGAGUCUGCAGGCGCUGGAGGAGAAAGGAGACGCACAAGCUAGACCCGAGUCGGUCAACAGCUGAGAAACAUACACACAUACAGUACACACACUCACACAGGUCCAACAAAAGGGCAAACCAUAGGGAGGAGGCUUUGCCACAGCCUGGUGCCCUCCUAUCCCCCCUCGUGUCCCGUGUGGGCUGGAUUUAUAUAUUUGUCUCCGAGGGGGGGAGGAGGCUGAUAGAUCACGGAGCAUGACGGCCAGCUGCUAAGACGGCUCUCACACACACUCCGCUUACCCGGCUGGAUGUGUGUGUCCUUUGCCGGAGUCCAGAGCCGAAAACACCACGGCGGCCUCCCAAAACCCAGCGGAGAUGCCCACCGAGACACUGCCGCCAGAUAGCAAGGGUUUGGGCGCUGGUGGCGCCGUGGCAUCGGCCGUACCCCUCCGAAUCCUAAACAAAGGACCUGAAUACUUCAGACGCGCGGCCGAACCCAACCCAAAGCGCCUGAGUGCUGUGGAGCGUCUCGAAGCUGACAAAGCCAAGUACGUCAAGAGUCAGGAAGUCAUCAACGCAAAGCAGGAACCGGUGAAGCCGCAAGUGCUUGCAAAACGGAGCCCGGGAGUCAGUUCGGCUCUCAAAGCCUCCAAUAAUAACGCCAAGUCAGAUACCUGUGCCAGCACCAAGCGUGAAAAUCUCAACCUGGAGAUCCUGAAGAACCUGCUCAACAGCUCGUCCUCAGCAGAAGGACCUGCUAAAAGCUCUGUCGCGAGAAGCUGGGCACCAGAAUCUGGGCACCGCUCUUUCCCUGAGUCCCUGAAUGUGCCAGCCGCAGCAUUUCAUGGCCGGAAAAGCCCCCAGAACCUGAACUUAAGUCGUGGACUAAUGGAAAACCAUGGGGCAGAGGGCGAUCGUUUACCACUCCAUGCCUCGCAGAGCUCCUCGGACAUCCGGCGUCUGUGUAACAGGAAACCGUUCCGUUCAGGACGCAGCAGCAGCAGCAGCUCAGCUCCUCCACUUCCCCCAAAACCAAGUGCAAAGGCUUUAGGCAUCUCUGACAACACAAAAUGUCCAGCUGCAAAAGAACUAGAAGCUCGCCGGCCCUCGUUGCAUCGCUCCAAAUCGGACUUGAGCGACCGCUUGGCCCGGUCCGGCGCAGACGCCGAGAGGUUCUUCAACUACUGCGGGCUGGAACCAGAUGAGCUUGAUGGUUUUGUCGAAGGCUUUGGACGCGCCAGCUCUGAUAUCGUAUCUUUGAACUUUCGUAGCGCUAGCAUGAUCAGCUCAGACUGCGGCCGCUCGCGACACAUUGAUGACAACGACGACCUCUCCAACGAAGACGAGGAUGAGGAGGAGCGAGUCCCUUACGGCAUUUCAGCAGUCGAGCGCAACGCUCGCGUCAUAAAGUGGCUCUACAGCAUCAAGCAGGCGCGAGAAUCGCAGAAAGUCUCGCACGUUUGAGGUUUUGGAUUUUAUGAACAAGCUACAGCCUCUUGCGUGUCUCACUUCUAACUCUCUAUUUUGACGAUCAAGUGCACUGUCUUUAUCUUGAAGGACUGACUGGCCAAACACAGCCGUUUGUUUUUCUUUCUAGGUUUACAGCUUUUUUUUUUUUUGUUUGUUUGUUUUUUGUUUUAGUUGCUUUCCAUAUCUUCAGAUUUUGCAUGACCUCUUCACACAAAUCAAAAGCGCCCCUGGCGUCUGGUUUGUUGCGUCUCAGCUGAAAGGUGGCCGUUUUACUGAACAGCUCCAGCUCUGAGAGGGUUCAUCGCUCUCUUCUUUCCGCCUCUGUACGUCAGCUCACUGUUUUCCGUCUCUGUUUGAGCGCACUGAGCCAGGAAGCCAUACGGGAAUGAGUGCAGAGCAUUGGUGUCUUUUAGAUGUCUUUUCUUCUUUAGUUUUCUCUCUUUCCUUUUUUAAACCUGUGUGUAUACGUGUGUGUGUGUGUGUGUACGUGGGUGAAUCAGUGUUCCAGAAGCAUGUCUGAUCCAAAAAAAUUGAAAUAUCAGGCUUCCAACAGGAUGGUUACGCACCACAUCGUGUACGUAGUUACUUCUUUUUAGUUUGUUGUCCCUCACGCUCCUGUUACGACGGUACUCAUUGUUUUGUUCAGUGUAAAUUCUGUAAGAUUAUGUAUAUAAUUUGAAAUCAUUGUCAAAAGAAAAUCAUAAAAAUGUAUAAAAAAAAGAUAAAAACAAACGACCCCUGGUGUUGUGUGAUGAAGAUCCUGCUAUGCUGUUCCAUCCUGUAGCUCUCGCUUUGGUCUUCCUUCCGUUUUUCUUUUUUUUCUUUUUUGAGUUCACAUCACCUGUCUGUGUCCAUGAUCAACUCUGUACAUCACUGUUCUUAUAACAACCUUAAAUGUUAGCGAUAUUCCACCUGGAUUUGUUCCUUAAAGAUUUCUUUCCGUUAAUUAUUUUUAAUUAUUUCAAUAAAUGGUGGAUUUGCCAUAUUUUGCCAUCAGUA